CUGCCAUUGAGCUGUUUGUGCUGUUGCUCUUGUUGCAAUGGCUUUGCCUAUCUACCGUGGCUAGCUAACUAACUAACUAGCAUCUACUCAGACUACACACAUGUCCACCAUAUGUUCCAUUAUUGGCCGGCAGAUUCUUGGCUGGUGAUGAUAUGAGACAAUGACACGAGGAAAAACUGCGAGCAAAGCGGCAGUGGCAGCACUGUUGGUGUGGAUCGGUUCGACCGGGUUGUCGCUGUACUGGAGCUCCCAGGUGUUUGCCGACUCGUCCUCAGUAGAUGCCGUAAAAGAGCGCCCCACGCUGGCGUUCAAUGCUCGUUUGUACGAAAAAGCCGGUAAAAAAUGGGACGAUUUCUCGACUGGAAAAAGUUGUGUCUGGAAACAGAAAUCUACUUCUAAAAAUAGUGGCCGAUGGCACUGUCAAGAAUGCACGGACAGCCACCAUUGUGUUCCAUUACAACCUCGUGGGGAAUGUCCUCCAUUUCCGCUCAUCAAUUGGGAUGUCGAUCAAAUAUCGCAACGAUCCCAUUUUCGCACAGAAGCUUCUGGCCGAGAUCCCACUUCCAUGGUGACGUCCAUUUUUGAUUUUCCGUCCGUCUACGAAAGUCCGCGCUGUUCUCCCGAUUUGACGCUGCCUUGCUUUGAUCUUCAGCGAUGUCCCCGCCAUCAACCCAUGAAAAUCUAUUUGCACAAACCGGAACGAAAUCCAAAACUUCUAAAAGCCAUCCAACGAGCCCUCGAAAAGCUUCCCGACGAUGUUGCUUACACUACUCGGCAUGACGAAGGAUGUCUCUUUCUGGUUGGACACAAUGCCAAGACGCCAGAAGAUGGAGGAUCGUCUCCGGAAGAUACUACCUACGAUGAUCCGGAUGAAAUGAUACAUAGUCCCGAGUAUAUGGCCGGACAAAACCAUGUCAUUUGGAGAGCCGACACGAUCUUUGAUGCACACGGGGAUCGUCCACGACCUCAUACGUUCAAUUUUGAAUUUGCCGCACUCUUUCACCAAUCACUUUCCAGUUCGAUACUACGAGAAGGAUACGAUAUUGCCAGUCCCAUUCGACAAGCAUGGGGAUGGACCCGUCCCCAACAAUACGACAAUCUAUCACUGCAUCGACCCCGACGAGUCCUCCUUAGUUUCAAGGGACGCAUCGAAAACUGGCGAAUACCCUAUCAACAUCAUCGAUGGCUCGCGUCGGAAUUCUGGGAUAUCUCCGACAAAGAUAUUGUCAUUGACACGUCCUGUCACAAGAAACCGUACGCAUUAACGGGAAACGUGGCGUAUUCCGAGCUCCUCCUCAAUUCCACGUUUGUCUUUUGUCCCGGUGGUGGGGGUCCCAGUAGUAUGCGGUUGAACGAUGCCCUGCUGGCGGAUGCCAUUCCCGUGGUAGUUUCCUAUUUGACCAUGCCCUUUGAACCGGAUGUGGAUUGGUCGGGAUGUGUCGUGCGCGUUUCCGAAGCUCGUAUUAUCGAUUUGCCACGGAUGCUGCGAAGUAUGUCUGCGGCGGAAAUCAAAGCGCGACGAGAAACUUGUCGGGAACUCUUUCGGGGUGUCAUGGGACGCAAACGCAACGCCAAAGGAAAUUGGAGACUGCACGACUUGUCGGAAAAUCCAUUCUUGACCAUGUUACGGAUCUGGAGGAGGCGGAUUCAACGAGCGCAUCACACACGAGAUGGACAAGCGGCCAUACGGAAUGAAAUUCGACGAGCCGCGGUCCAGGAAGAACAGUUUGGGGAAGAAACACGGUUUCUGGAAGAAGCAAUUCGGUACUAAUCGUAACUUGGAUAGGUUAUUAUUUAGAAACCUCU